GGAAGAGGUCAAAAAUGUUUACAUGAGAAAAAAUAAUUUAAAAGCUCUUGAAAACAAAAAUAAAAUGCAAACAUAUGCUUGGUGGUAGUGAUUGUAAGAAUAAACUAUUGCAAGUUUGCCAUUCAAGAUUUAUGAAUCACCACUGUUUUUAAAUAAUUUUAGUGCUUUUAUAUCAAAAUGCUACGAUUUCUGUACAUAUAACAAGAAGAAUAUCUUUAAAUAAAAGAUAAUUUUGCAAAUAUGAACUUUAAUAAGCAGGUUGAGAGGAUGGUCGCUUUUAUGGAUCAAGAGGGUGAAGAAAGAGCGCAGGAAAUUGACGCAAAAACUGAAGAAGAAUUCAAUAUAUUCGUUGGGCAAAUGGUUCAAACUGAGCGUCUUCGGAUAAACAAUCAUUUUCAAAAAUUGGAAAAACUAGUUGAAAAACAGAAAGUUAUAGCCCAUUCGUCAUCAGUAAACAACGCACGUAUAAGGAUCCUUCGACUAAAAGAGGAAGUACUGGAAGAUGUUUUUAAUAAGACGAGAGAACAAGUAAUAAAGAACUUAUCCUACACAAAUGAGUACCGAGAAACAAUGAAAAAUUUGAUUCUUCAGGCUUGCAUCAAGAUGUUAGUACCCAAGCAGCAUAUCAGAGUGAGAAAAAAUGAUGUUCACAUAGCAUCGGAUGUUGUGACUGAAGUCGCCCAAGAAUACACAAGAUUAACACAACUUGAUGUAUCUCUCACAGUUGACAACAAGUUCUUCCUGCCGGACAGCGUGAUUGGCGGAGCGGAAAUCUACGACAGGAGGGGAAAGUGCAAAAUUGUCAAUACUUUGCAAUACCGGCUUUCUCUCAUCCGAAAACUUCUCAUGCCAGUCAUCAGGCAUUACUUAUUUGGAAUCAACCCGAGGAGAAAAUACUUUGAGUGAUAGUAUAAAUAAACAUGUAUAAAGAUUG